AUGAUCUAUCCUAGGAGCUUACCUUAUCACACCAAAGCUCUUGUGAUCACAAAGGCGAAUACCGACGCCGAACAAUGCCUAACGGAACCUCUGAGGGUGGAUCGACCUACUGAUUUGGCAAUAUUUCUAAGAUUGGGAGAUAUCUCUAUUUCCCUGAGACAUAUACCGAGGAGCUUUAUCGGACUGCAUCAGUACAUCAGACGAGCAGCAGCGGCUUGGACCCUUAAACUCAAUGGAUUUCAUAAAAAUCGAACCAAGAUAGCCAGAUGGUUAGUGUUCCAAUGCCGUUGGAAGUAUGCAAUUUGGAUAAGCGCGUUUAGGAGAUAUCACGUUUGUACUGAAGACUGGUUACAGCCGGCCGAACGCACUCGGCCGGACAGGAAGGGAAUUGGCUUCGCUCGGCCUUCUCCAGGACCGAUCCGACCGCACGACCGCACCGUCCGAGCCGGGAGGCAAUGGACCACGAUCGACCGAGAACAUCACAUCACGGCCGACCCCGACGGCCGACCACAUCCCUUGCACGGUCGACCCGAUGUCCGCGAACAAGAAGCCCACUUAUGCAGUUUUGACAAUUCUCAGCCCAAUUAA